CCUGUGCAAGAGCGAGACGACCAAAUUGAAGUCUUGCAUGCUAGAUCUAUGGGGUUCUCCGAAGCGCAAGUGUAGAGGAUCCAUCCAGCCGAAACAGCCAGAGAGGAGUUCUAGAGAAACUACUCCCCACCACGCCAACCCUGCACAAGCAUACAUGGGAUACUGUAAUAAAAGCUGCCAUGAGAAAAUAUCCCAAUCCUAUGAACCCAUCAGUGGUGGGAGUUGAUGUCUUGGACCGAAGCCUUGACAAUCAAGGAAGGUUGCACAGUCACCGGCUACUUAGCACUGAAUGGGGCCUACCAAGUAUUGUAAAAGCGAUUCUGGGAACAAGUAGAACUAUGACAUACAUUAAAGAACAUUCUGUAGUUGAUCCGGUGGAAAAGAAAAUGGUACUGAGCUCCACAAAUAUAACACUUACAAAUCUUAUAUCAGUUGAUGAAAGGUUGGUAUAUACGCCACACCCUGAGAACCCGGAAAAGACUUUGUUAACUCAAGAAGCAAUUAUUACAGUAAAAGGUGUUAGCCUCAGUAGUUACUUGGAAACUUUAAUGGCAAGCACAAUAUCUUCUAAUGCUAGAAAGGGUCGAGAAGCCUUAGAAUGGGUGAUUGGCGAACUAACUUCGACGCGAGAGAGCAUGAAGUCUGCAAUGGCAGCAGCAUCAGCGGAGGACUGAGGGAACUGUGACAGAACUUUAUUUUUCCAUUAUAUUUUUUCCUUGCCAGGAUGGAUAUUCCAUUGUUUUUUAUUUAGAAAUAUAUAUGUUUAUAUAACAAAAUUUUUAAGCCUUUCUAGGCCCCUCUAUUUGUCCACAGUGUAAGUUAACAGAAUCUUUUUUUCUUUUUCUUUUUGGCUUUCCCAUGGCCUCUAGUUACAAGUGUACAAAUUUGAUAGAGUAUUGUGACCUUAAGUCCUACUGAAGUUAAAUGGAUGUGGAACUGGCAGAGCAGAUUGAAGAUCGACAUCUACAUAAGUACCGAUCAGAGCUGAGAGAAUAGACUUCCCAUCUUAUAUAACCAUUUUCUUGUACUUGAAAUUUAUUUAUUUAUUUCUUUAAAAGUGCAGCUGCCGUUCUUAUUCUGUAAAUGACAAAUAGGUACAGAAAGCACUGGAGAUCUCUCUCUCUCUCUCUAAAGGCUAGAUAAGUAUAGUGGGGAGGUGAAACAUGACACAGGAGGUUGACAGACACCUGAUGUGAUCGUCUAUGUAGUUCUGCAACACAACCUUCCUUUUACUUAGCGGAGCCUGAAAGAAGAUCUGAACAACCUUCCCUGAAAUGAAGGCUGGUGUGCAACAAAGUUCCAUGGUGGAUUGUGCCCUUUGUUGGAGGCUAGAGAUCUCCUCCCGAGACUUUGUCUUUGUGGAUAUCAAUUCUUCCUUGCACUGUUAAAAUGCAGAUUCUGAACAAGGUGUUCUAGCACGUUACCUCCUAGUAUUUAUACUGAAACCACUGAGAGCGGCCAUUUCGUUGUGGUAAAAAUGGCUUGAAUCCUCUCUUGUUAAUUUUUGUUUUUAUUUUUCAGUAGCUAAUUUAUUUCCAUAUACAGUAUGUGAAUAUACACUCUGGUCACUUAUUAUGUGAAGACAAUUGAUACCUCAGUGGGAAGUACUAGGAAACUUAUUUUCUAUAUGUAAUUUUUAAUUCUAACAGAAAAUGGCAUAUGUUUGGAGUACUUAGUUGUGUAAUUCAUUUCUUACUUUUAACAAUGGAUACAAGACCAUAAAGGAUAUUUAUGGCCCACCCCACAUUUCACACCCAUCUUCUGGCACUCUGCUUAGCGGUUCCAGGGAGGAGACUGUUUCAUAGUGGGAGGGGGGGAUGUGAUGUUGUGAAGCACAACCACCUCUCCCACCUAGCCAAUAGCUUUCAUCAUUGAGCAAGUUCAAACUCCAUUUCUGACCUCUGAUUUCAAUGGAAUUUUCUUCUGUACAACAUCUAGAAGUAGUUCUAUUGAAGCCAGUAAGGACAGAGCACUUGCUUCGAACUAGGUAAUGAUGGCAGUAGCCCUAGAUGUUCUACACAGAAGAUUAGAGAAAAAGAAGAGUGAGUAGCAAGCUUUUCAAUGGAAUUAUUUUAGAAGCCUUUUUUGCUCCCUUCUCCCACUCCCACCGGCCUGAAUAAUCCAUGGCAUUAACAGUUUUUAAGCCCUGGCAGAAAAAGAGCUUCCUUAAAAUGACCAAAGCAUUUUUUCCCCAUUUCAAUAUACUUUGUACAAAGAAUAGUUAGAUUACAAAGAGCCUGCCUUCUGUGAAGGGUAUCAGGCCCAUCAUGGAAAGAGGCGGUGUGGCUGAGGCAGAGAAGUUCAGCAUUCUAGCCCGUAUGUGUGUUCAUUGCAAGAAGUGGACCAGUUCACCAAAGUCACCAGCUUUCAUAUGGAAUCCUUCACCCCACUUCCUUUAUUUUUGUGUUAAGGUAAACUUGUCCAUGCUUAUUCAUGUGCACUUGUUCCUUCUGUCUUCUAUACAAUUGUGGUCGAGUUUCCUUUAAUAGCAUAGCUGCCAAGUUAUCCCUUUUUUACAGGGAUUUUCCCUUAUGCUGAAUAGGCUUCCUCGCGAGAAAAGGGAAAACUUGGCAGCUAUGUUUAAUAGUCCUACUCCUGUCUCCUAAAGGCGACUAGCCUCACUCUUUCUUAUCUUUGCUCUUUCUUGUUCCUUCCAUGGAUCUUGGCUGAUGGAACUCUCAUAUGAUUGCAGCUCCACACAGACUGUCACUUGGUGUCUUGCUUGGUGCGAUGUUGUCUCUUCAGGCCAUUCUCUUAGUGGAUCUUAGAGCCCACAAACCUCCGGGCAGGCAAGCUUGAUACUAUUGCUUUUAUAUUGUUUACUUACCUAAUAAUGACCAUAGUCUUACAUUUUCAUGACUAGCACAGAUUUAUUAGAUAUUGAACAUGGCACAGGAAUAUGGGCUCCUUUGGGAGGAAGAGCAGGAUAGAAAUUUAAAAAUAAAAUAAUGGAAAAUAAAAAUACGUUGCAUUUUGACUCCUUAGCAUGUGAAAAUAGAGCAUGUGCUCUUUCGAUCAUGGCUGCCACUACCCUUGCUUCUUGGCCCUUCACAUCUUCAGUUAAAGCACUCCAUGCUUUUCCUUUGUCCUUGAUGGCCCCGGCGUUCUCUGUUGUAGAUGACCGGAAAUCAAACAUUUUUAUAUCUAGUAGCUUAUCUACCUUCCUGAAACUUACCAAAACCUCACCCUUAGGGCGUUCCCCUUUUGUUCUCUCUUGCUGUACCACCUUCUGCCCCUGAUCAUUCCAAAUAACCCUUCCUUGAAGCUUAAUAAAAUCAAAAAUACAGGAGCUGAGAGAAUCUGCAUCGCUUCCCUCACAAGUAUUGGCUGAGUGGGACAGUACCACAAAGGGAUGGUGGGGCAACAAUUUAGGACCUUGCCCAUUCAGCCUUUUCCUUUACCCUGCAUGGUCAGAGUUUGCUUUACUUUAGGAAGAAGUUAUUCUUCAAGUGACAGCACCUUUCUGAGUAGGACUCUGAAGAGAGUGUUUUAAAACUUGCUUCCAGGCUCUGUCUCACAACUGUUACAUUCAAUGAGAAAAUUGUCGUGCAUGCCAUGUGUCAUUCCAGGGUAAGGAGAGUCUCUAGCUACUAAACCUCUUCCUUUCUCGUGGUUAUUUAAAGGAAAGACAGUAGUUUUCAACAGAUAGCAGUAACCUUAACUGAUACCUAAAGUUCUAUUGGCCUAUUUCACUAACAAAUACUGAUAUUUGUUGGGAGAACUGGGUGUUAGGCAGUACACUGUCUCCUGCUGCACUUUUUGUUCCUAUGUCAAAUAUAGGCAAAGCUGCUGUAUUUCUAAAAAUUAUGUAGCACAGGGAGCUGAAGCAUGUCAAGUACAGAUGAGGAGUUGCACAUGAGAAAACUGCAGUUGUUGAAAUGGUAUAGUAGUCCUGUCUUUCUUGGCAUUUGGUCACAGUUCUUUAUUUAAUCCUAACUACCUUGAUUGUUCAAAAACCACUGCUUUUCAUUAUGUAAACAACCUUGAUUAACACUGCUUUCAUGCAGGUGCCAUUAAUGUGAAGGUGUGCUUGUGGGGAGGGGGGCGAGUGCUUAAUCAGCUGCGACUUGAAGGAUAAUUGCAUGCAGAAGUGUUUCUCUUCCUGUAUACCUGCCUUUAUCCACCUGCGCUUAGACUGUAAGCUCUUCUGAGCAGAGAAUCUCUCUAUCUGAAAUGUUAAAUGCUAUGGACAUCUGGGGCUAUAAAUAACAUGACCUACUUAAAAAUAGCAGACUGUCUUUUCUUUUUUUCUAUAUAGUAAAACAAAAGACUGCUUUUGUGUUAAUUGCCAAACGGGAUGAUCAUGCAGUACACAACUGAGUCACAAACACUAAAAAUAGCACAAGGGAGGCCGGUAGGUGCCGCCCUGGAAUUAACCAGCCCAUCAUCGCAAUUAAGAGGUUUUGGGAGAGUACCUUGGCACUCAUUAAUUGUGGCUGAACUAUUAAUACAGUGCUUUUAUGUUAUUGCCACAACUAGGGCACACGGAAAAUUUAACUUAUUUGUUAUAUCAGUACUUAUAGGAAAGAAAGAGGUACCCUUUUAAAAAACAAAACCUGUCUUCACUUCCUUUUCUCCCAGAAGUUGGAAACCACUUACCUAUGAGUAAGCCCUAUUAAAUAGAAGAUGUAUUAUUUUGCAUAAACAUGCAAAGGAUUGUACUAUGAACCUACUGAGAAAGCUGAGCUUGUACAUUGGCUUCCUUCUUAAAGAGUUCUUGGUGCAGGGAGAGAUGGACUAACUGCAAGUACGAUAUAGCAAAAUAAGAUGAGGGACCAGUCUUAAUUGUGCAGCCAUCAAAGUGGUGAUUGUAAAUCUUGUGAAAACAAUCAAUGAAACUUAAUUCUAACCUUUGGGGAAAGUCCCACUCUCAUGUGCUUACAUAAAUAGCGGAAAAGUAUGCAGUCGUACACACAACUUACUCUCUGCAAUAUUGGGAACUGUAUUGACCUGAUGAAGCAAUGAAGACAUCAGUACAACUUUUAGAAUAGGUUGGUUUUUUUUUUAAUUUGUAAUGCAUAAACUGCAUAUCAGUAUUACAUAACAGGAAAACAAGCAAAAUAAUUCUAUUGCCCUUUUCAUUUACAAAUGGCUACCCUGGUGCAUCAGAAGCCAUACGAAAAACAUGCACAGUCACAUCACAAAGGAGGAAUUGAAGAUCUAACUUUAUCUUGUGCUUCCAGAUGUUUUAUUAAAGGUAUGCUGUUCCUCAACCCUGCAACUACACAUAAUUAAGAGGGUUUUGAUGGAUGCAAAUUUGACUGAGAAUUUUGCUUUCUAAUAUAUAAGGUUACACAGCUGAGAUUUGAAACUUAUGCCUAAAGGAAGUUAUAAAAUGGGAUACAAAGGAUAUUGAGUUUUCUUAGCCUAGUAUGCUGAUAGAAUUAAGUUAUUUAACGAAGCAAUAAGACUGAGCAUGUUUUUUAGAAACUAAUCUGUGAGUUAUUUCUCCUGCCAAAUAUAUUUCAGCUUAGUUUACCUUUCAGUAUCUUUACUACCAUUCUUUUCUCAAGUAGCUCAAGCUGGCAGGGCUGGGUGGCUUAAUUUAUCCUGAUGACAACCCUGUAAGCAGGUAAGACUUUUUAAAAGAGUGACGUUGGUGGGUAGCUUGUAAGUUGCUUUGGGUUGCCUUGGGCAAGAUAAAGUGACUAACAAAUUUAAUUCAUUAAUAAUAUCCAUUCACAUGUAAAUUAAUUUACCCGCAUGCACACCACAAAAAUGAACACAUAUUGCUUGUUGAUUUAGAGGCCAUAUAGUAGACCUUCUUUUGCCAUUCCUGUUUCUUGCCAUAAACUCACAGGUGCAGAGCUCUAUCCUUAGUUCUCUGCUUGCUUUCUAAAAUCAGCUAACUAUGAGUUGGCAACAAAGCUAAAGACAGGCGUGGGAAUUGAAAGCAGCAUUCUGCUUCCUUCCCUGGGGCAACUGGUCCUUAACAAGAGAGGAGACCUAGGUUUAACUACUGCUUUCACACUUGCAGUGCAGGAUCGGUAAAAAAACAACCA